CAGCUCCACUCGCCAUGCCUCCAUUCUCGGCCUCCUCUUUUUUUCCCAGGACACCCCCCUCCUCCCCUCCUUCCCCUCCCCCAUCCACUCGUUCCUGUAGAAUGUCGGUGUGUCUUGACCAAUCUAUGGAGCACAAUGAAUGGCAGGCUUGAUCUCCCCGACGUUCCCCGGUCUGAACCCGUUUUCCCUCCGUCCUCGCAGGAGCUGCCUUCCUCUCCACCCUCAAUAGCCUCCGAUGUGGGCUUCCGGCGCAAACCCAAGAAGCCUCCUCCAGUUACUCCACGAUCGUUUCGAAGGUUCUUUACGCCUCGCUCUAUGCUGGAUGGUGGGAACAGUGCCAGUUCUGUCAGAACCAAUCGUCAGGCUUUGAAAGCCCUCAGCUCACCGGCGGUUAAUCGCCUGGGGCCCGCCUUUACAAGGACAUCCAAGGCCGUUGAACAUAGACCGGAGGCACACGAACCUCUGCGAACCCCAAGCCGGAAAAGGAAAUUCUCAUUCUCUUCGAUCGGUUCUCCGUUGCAGUCAUCACCCCUUAAAAAGGUGCACGUUCGAAAUAUUGUCCAGGAUGAUGCAGAGGUGAAAAGGCCAGUUCGGGAUAUCCAACUUAACAUUGAAACACAUGAGGAUGAUAUAAAAUCGAGUCCUAUCAUAAAACCUUCUCGACAAGUUCUUCCAGUUCGUCGCUCGCAAGCAUUGCAAACAUCUGGAGCGCUGUAUAUGCGAAGUGUUACAGGGACUCGAGCGAAUCGAGUGACGAUACGAUCGAAUUCAGGAGCUAGCUGGCAGGAUUUGACCUCGAACUUCUAUUCUCGACCAAGUGAUAGCCACAAUUGCGCCAACAAUCCUGGUGACCGCUACGUUCUUCCCUUCUGCACGGCAGCAUGUAAUACCAACAGUCUUGCUGCAGUAGGUGAUGAGGAGGGGGGCAUUCGAUUAUUGGAUUCUGCCAAAGACGACAAGAGCGGCUUUUCCCGGGCAUAUCUCACCUUCCGUCCCCACACGAACUCGAUAAUGGACUUGGAGUUUUCGUCCGAUGAUAUGCUACUUGCAACCGCCUCUGGAGACCAAACAGCGCUGGUUAUCGACAUGGCCACUCAAACCCCGGUGUAUUGCUUAUCCAACCAUGUCUCCUCCGUUAAGCGGGUUCAAUUUCAACCAGCGGCCAAUAACAAAGUUCUUGCCACAUGCAGUCGUGAUGGUAACGUCAAUAUAUGGGAUCUUCGAUGCAAAGGGUUUGACAGGCCCAGUUUGCAGGCACGGUGCUCGCUUGAAUCUGAUGCAGAAUCUACUGCUGGCGCCAUCACCUCAAAAACGGCCUUUCCACAGGUCUUGAGUACAAUUCACGGUGCCCAUGCCUGGACGUCUCAAACCUCCAUGCUGGAACCUCAGGCCCGCCGCUCGGACAUCACUGUGACCUCUCUAUCCUUCCUUCCACCGGGCCGCGAGAACCUCUUUGUUACGGCUUCCAGUACCAAUGCUUGUGUGAGGCUAUGGGAUCUACGUACAGCGCAUAACAAUCGUCGUGGUCGUCCAGUCCUCCCUCUGGCUACUACUCGACAGCCGGACAGCCACGUCAAGUACCGGGGGUUUGCUGUUACGUCAAUGGCUCUAGGUGGAGACGGUGCAAGACUCUACACUCUGUGUCGAGAUGGCACUGUAUACACGUACUCAACUUCACAUUUAGUUCUGGGAAGUGCACCUGAGCUUUCCCUGAACAACAAUCGGCCACGCCGCUCAGGCGGAUCUGACAAAGAAGGGCUUGGACCUCUAUAUGGCUUCCGCCACCCACGUCUCCAGGUUGCAACCUUCUAUGUUAAAGUCGGGGUGCGCAAAGCCGCUGGCGACAAACCAGAGAUGCUAGCUGCCGGAAGUGCUGACAAUUGUGCUGUUCUAUUCCCAACUGACGAAAGGUUCCUCUCGAAGGACCAGAAAACCACUACUGAGGAUGACUUCCUUCCUCCGAUGCCGUCUUCUUCCACUCGCUCCAGCCUCCGUCGCGCCAUCUCAGGACGGGUGGAAGACACCGUUCCCAUCUACCAGUCUGGAACACCUCUAGUCGGAGGCCACGUAAAAGAAGUUUCCGCCGUGUCAUGGACCGUCGACGGCGAACUUAUCACAGUCAGUGAUGACUACAGUGCUCGAUGCUGGCGUGAAGGAUCCGAAGCUAGAGACUUUCGAACCAGUGGAGAGGCAGAAGGCAAGAGAUGGCGUUGUGGCUGGGCGGAGACCAAAGACUCCUAUGAUGACGAAGACGAAUGACCUUUGCAGGACUACCUAAUUGUUUCCUUUGUUCACUGUUUCCCCAUUCUUGCAUGCAUUGCAUGGCGUUGAAGCAUAAUGUUCUAUUUAGCGGGUGUUUGGAUUUCUGCUCCGCAGAAGGUACUACUACGGUAUUUCAUAGCGUCGGAUAUAUUACUGCAUGGCAACGAGGAUCCUUCAGUUGCCUCAUAAUGGGGAUUAACAUACCAC